AUGCCUGUUACCAACGGGUCUCGCUAUGACUUUAUUAUUGUUGGAGGUGGCACGGCAGGAAAUGUCGUUGCCGGCCGCCUGGCGGAUAAUCCCAGUGUGAAGAUUCUGGUCGAGGCCGGAGUGGGCAACCCGGAGGAGGUGCCGGAUAUCACCACACCGGCCAAGGCGAUGGACCUGCGUGGCAGCAAGUACGACUGGGCCUACAAGACGACUAUAGUCAAGCGUGAGGACUACGAGCGGAUCGAGAAGCCGAACACGCGAGGAAAGACGCUGGGCGGCAGUUCGUCGCUCAAUUACUUCACUUGGGUGCCGGGCUGCAAGCCGACGUUUGACCGGUGGGCUGAGUUUGGCGGCAAGGAAUGGACGUGGGAUCCGCUGGUGCCGUACCUGCGCAAGAGUGCUACAUACCAUGACGACCACGGGCUCUACGACAAGAGCCUGAACAAGAUUGGUGCUGGCGGCCCGCUACCGAUCUCGCACUCGGAGCUGCUGGACGGCAUGGAGGGUUUUCGUGAGGCACUGACUAAGGCGUGGAAGUCGACGGGACAGCCGUUCACAGAGAACAUCUACGACGGCGAGAUGAACGGGCUGACGCACUGCGUGGACACCAUCUACCACGGCCGUCGGUCGGGCAGCUUCCUGUUUGUCAAGAACAAACCCAACAUCACGAUCCUGCCAGAGUCCUUGUCCAAGAAGCUGCUCUUUGACGAGGAGGGCAAGAAGGCGAUGGGCGUGACCAUCCUGGCGGGGCCGGAGGGCCAUGAGAUCAGCGUGUAUGCGGACCGUGAGGUGAUCGUGUCGCAGGGCGUAUUCGAGAGCCCGAAGCUGCUGAUGCUAAGCGGCAUCGGACCGGCCAAGGAGCUGACGCAGCACGGGAUCCCGCUGGUGGUGGACUCACCGCAUGUCGGCCAGAACCUGCUCGACCACCCGGGCGUGCCAUUUGUCCUCAAGGUCAAGGACGGCUUCGGCAUGGACGACCACCUGCUGCGGACCGGUCCUCUCAACACGGCCGCCGUGGACCAGUACAAGAAGGACGGCACCGGUCCGGUCGGCUCCGGCCUGCUCGAGAUGGUCGGCUUCCCGCGCAUCGACAAGUACCUGGAGCGCGACCUGGACUACGUCAAGGCCAAGAAGGCCAACGGUGGACUCGACCCUUUCUCGCCCGAGGGCCAGCCGCACUUUGAGCUCGACUUUGUCUGCAUGUUCGGCAGCGCCUUCCAGUGGCACUACCCCGUGCCCAAAAAGGGCUGCUACACCAGCGUGGUCGUCGACCUGGUCCGGCCCGUGUCGGACCCUGGCGAAGUGAAGCUCCGCAGCGCCGAUCCGCGCCAGCAGCCCGACAUCAACCUCAACUUCUUUGCCAGCGAUCUCGAUAUCCUGGCCAUGCGCGAGGGCAUCCGCUUCAGCUACGACGUUCUGACCAAAGGCGAGGCUUUCCGUGAUCUCGUCCUCGACGAGUAUCCCUGGGACAUGCCCCUCGAUGACGAUGCGGCCAUGAAGCAUGCCGUGCUGGAUCGCUGCCAGACUGCCUUCCACCCUUGCGGCACCAAUCGGCUGUCCAAGAACAUCGGCCAGGGUGUCGUCGACCCGGAACUUCGCGUGCAUGGCGUCAGCCGUCUGCGUGUCAUUGAUGCCUCUGUCAUUCCCGUCAUCCCUGACUGCCGUAUCCAGAACUCGGUCUACAUGAUUGGUGAGAAGGGAGCGGACCUGAUCAAGUCUGCCCACAAGGAUCUGUACUAG